AUGGCGGCCUCCAGGACGGCCGCGGCCACGCGCGCGCCGCCACCGCCCCGGCGGCCCGAGGGGCCGGCGGGGGACUCGGACGCGGACGAGCCGGCCGAGACCGAGGAUGGCUUCUCCCUGGAGGAGGUGCUGCGGCUCGGCGGCACCAAGCAAGAUUUCCUCAUGCUGGCCACUUUGGAUGAGAACGAGGAGGUGGUGGACGGAGGGAAGAAGGGCGCCAUCGACGACCUUCAGCAAGGGGAGCUCGAGGCGUUCGUGCAGAGUCUGAAUCUGAGCAAGUACGCCAGGACGUGCGCCGUCGAAGACGACGAUGACGGCGGCGGCGGUGACAAGCCUGCUGAGACGGAAGCGGCGGACAGAAAGGGGCAGAAGGCCAGGAAGAAGAAGCAGAAAGACGCCGCCGAGGCCGAGAGGACGACGCCGGCCGGGAAGGCGGGACCGAAGAAGCGGCCGGGGCCGGAGCCCAGCGCCGCCCAGGCCGCCGCGGGCGCGAGGGGCCGGCGAGAGAAGGCGCAGGACCCCUUCGAGUUCUGCGAGCGGCAGGCCCUGCUGCUCCGGCCGGGCGGCAAGUGGCACGAGCUGGGCUACAGCGGCGAGUGGGACCCGGAGCCGCAGCCCCGGGAGCUGGUGGCCGGCUACGGCGCCCUGGCCCAGCGGCUCUACGAGCACGAGCUCGGCCUGUUCCGGGCCCAGGCGGCCCGCCAGAAGGGCGCCUCCACCUGGAUGAAGGCCAUCGUGUCCUCGGGGACGCUGGGGGACAGGAUGGCCGCCAUGAUCCUGCUGGUCCAGGACGACGCGGUGCACGCGCUGCAGUUCGUGGAGACGCUGCUGGGCCUGGUGAGGAAGAAGGGCAGCAAGCAGCAGUGCCUGGCGGCGCUGGACACCUUCAAGGAGCUGCUGCUCAGCGACCUGCUGCCCGCGGGCCGGAAGCUGCGGCCCUUCGGCCAGCGCCCCUUGGGCCGGCUGGAGCAGCUCUGCAGCGGCAACCGCGACUCGCGCGACCGCCGGCUGCUGCUGUGGCACUUCGAGCACCGGCUCAAGCUCCUGGUGGCCGAGUUCCUGCGGGUCCUGGAGGCGCUGGGCCACGACCCGCUGCCGGCCACCAGGACCCGCGCCCUGCGCGCGGCCCACGAGCUGCUGUGCCACCAGCCCGAGGGCGAGAAGGCGCUGCUGGCGCAGGUGGUGAACAAGCUGGGCGACCCCCUGAGCCGCGUGGCCGCCCGGGCCUCCCACCUGCUGGAGACGCUGCUGCGGCAGCACCCCAACAUGAAGGGCGUGGUGUGCGGCGAGGUGGAGCGGCUGCUCCUGCGGCCCCGCGUCGGCCCCAAGGCGCAGUACCACGCCGUCUGCUUCCUGAACCAGCUGGCCCUGGCCCCCGAGGACGGCGAGCUGGCCGGCCACCUCAUCGCCCUCUACUUCUGCUUCUUCCGCGCCUGCGUCCGGAAGCAGGAGGUGGCGUCCAAGAUGCUGGGCGCCCUGCUGACGGGCGUGAACCGCGCCUACCCCUACGCCCCCGCGGGCGACGCCAAGGUGCGCGAGCAGGUGGACACGCUCUUCGGCGUGCUGCACUCCGUCCCCUUCGGCACCGGCCUGCAGGCCCUCAUGCUGCUCUUCCAGGUCAUGAACGCCCAGCAGACCGUCUCGGACCGCUACUACUCGGCGCUCUACCGGAAGAUGCUGGACCCCGGGCUGAGGACGUGCUCCAAGCAGGCCAUGUUCCUCAACCUGCUGUACAAGUCGCUGAAGGCCGACGUGGCGCUGCGCAGGGUGAAGGCCUUCGUGAAGCGGCUGCUGCAGGUCACCUGCGGGCAGACGCCCCCUUUCAUCUGCGGGGCCCUCUACCUCGUCUCCGAGAUCCUCAAGGCCAAGCCAGCCCUGCGGAGCCAGCUGGACGAUCACCCGGAGUCUGACGACGAAGAAAAGUUUGUUGACGUCAGAGAGGAAGAAGACACGGAACAGUUCGCCGAUGCAGAGAAGGAAGCAGAGACCGAGAAGACAGUUGAACCGGAAGAAGCUUCGUCUGAAGAACAGGUCAAAGCCAACGCGUCAGAAUCCGCGUCUUGGGUGCACUUCGAUAACCUGAAGGGUGGGAAACAGCUGAACAAAUACGAUCCAUUUAGUAGAAACCCUUUGUUCUGUGGCGCUGAGAAUACGAGUCUCUGGGAACUCAAAAAGCUAGCGGAGCAUUUUCAUCCCUCCGUGGCCCUUUUCGCAAAGACUAUCCUCGAGGGAGAUUCUAUUCAGUAUUCGGGGGACCCACUGCAGGACUUCACACUGAUGAGAUUCUUGGACCGGUUUGUUUACCGGAAUCCAAAGCCCCACAAGGGCAAAGAAAACACGGACAGUGUCGUGAUGCAGCCGAAAAGGAAGCACUUCCUGAAUGACAUCCGCGCGCUUCCCGUCAACAGUAAGGAGUUUCUUGCCAAAGAAGAAAGCCAGAUACCAGUGGAUGAAGUGUUUUUUCACCGGUAUUAUAAGAACGUCACUGUCAAAGAGAAACAGAAGAGGGAUUUCGACGAGGAAAGCAUAGAAGAUGUGGACGACGAUGAAUUUGAAAAGAUGAUUGACACAUUCGAAGAUGACAACUGCUUCAGCAGCGGAAAGGACGACCUCGACUUUGCCAGCAACGUGAAGAAGAGGAAGAAAGGAGCGAAGGAUGAGCUGGAGGAUGAGGAUUCCGAGGGCAGUGAGGACGGCGAGGACCUGGACGAGGACGAGGUGUCCCUGGGCAGUAUGGACGAGGAGGACUUCGCUGGCCUCGACGACAACGACGACGACGGCGGCACUUUCCUGGACGCCUCGGACGAGGAGGGCGAGGGCCUUCCGGACGUUGGCGGAGUCGGCACCAAAAGCAAAGCCAAGAGCAAGAGGAAAGGCGGGCGCGACUUUGACUUCGCUGGGUCAUUUCAAGGGCCAAAGAAAAAGAAGAGAAGAGUGGAUGACUCCAGCCUGUUCGUGUCUGCGGAAGAGUUUGGGCACCUGCUGGAUGAAAACAUGGGCUCCAAGUUUGACAACAUCGGCAUGAACGCCAUGGCCAACAAAGAGAAUGCGAGUUUCAAACAGCUGCGGUGGGAGGCCGAGCGCGACGACUGGCUGCACGGCCGGGACGCGAAAAGCAUCGUCCGGAGAAAGAGAAACUCCAGGCGGAGGCUGGGCGCGGCGCAGAGAUCGAGGAGGCCCAAGAAAAGGGCGGUCUCCAAGGCCUGAACCCGACUCACGUCUAGCUCUUGCUGCGGAGCCAUUUUUCUUGAUCUUGCUCUCUGAUCCCAUGUAUUCCAGAAUGUUCGAUGGAUUUGUAGUACGCUAGAGAUAGAAACAGCGGUCAAAACAGCGGUCGUUUGCAAAACCACGUGAAGAGCUGAGGACAGACGACCGUCCCCCUCCCCGCUUUGGGCCGCCCGUUGGUGCAGCGCCCUCUGUAACCCCGGGCUGGGCGUUGGAGUCCUCUUUCUUUGUUCUCUAAUCCCAGGGGCAGGCCCUGGUGGACUGAAAACACCCCAGCAGACUGGUAAGCCUGAGCUGGGUUUAAACUGGGAUUUGAUUGAUUCUGAAGUCACAGGUUAAAUCAUUCAGCCCUUACUUAACCGUCAGGAAUCGGUUUUGCACUCUUACUUGACUGAAGGACCCACCUUCCAAGAUGAAGGGGAACCUCUUGCUCAUGGUUUGCCUGAAAUCUGAAAGAAAACUGGAAUUCAGUAUAUGAACGUUUUUGAAAGACUUUCUAGUCUCUCAAAUCCAGCCUUGGGGAGCCGGGUGAGGCCUGGGCCUGGUCCCGGCACCCUAAAGCAGGAAAUGUGAGACUCAGGGAGAUUGCUCCAUCCACGCACACAUGGCCCCCGACCACUCCCGCCCCCUCCAAAUUACUUAUAAAUAAUUGCAGGGGCUCCACAUGGCCAGGGGAGACCCAGACCCACAGCCCCCACAGAAAGAUGCACAGGACAUUUCUAGCACAGCCUUGCGCACACAACCAACCCAGGUCUGAUCCCCAGCAUCUCCAGGAGUGGACCCUGAGUGCAGGGCCAGGAGGAAGUUCUGAGUACAUGUGGACGGCACAAAAACAAUCCUAUAGGAACACUUUUGAAGGCUAGGAAACGUGGUUGAGAUGGUGAAUGGCUGGUGAAUGACGUCACUUGCUAACACGACAUCGGAGUGUUUCUUUGACCUGUAUGUAUUGUGUAAUUUAUUUUCUUAACUGUCAUUUAUUGAGAAGCAAUAUGUAAAAACAAUUUUUCAGUGAUGUAUUCUUAUAUGGCCUUAUGAAUGAUUUACAGGUGUCAUUCCCUUAUUACAGAACUAGAAAUUAAAACUCCCCU